GCCGGCGGCAGCUGCCCCGGCCGCGCCCCGCGCCCCGCGCGCGCCGGCCUCCCGCUGCCUCGAGCACGCGGAGGGGCCGCGGGCCGGGGGCGUCGCGGCCGUUGUCGUCUCUCCGAGCGAUCGGAAUGGCCGGCGGCGUUCGCCCGCUCAGAUUUGCUUCCAGUUGCUUUCUGUGAGGGGUAAAAGGAGGGAGGGGUGGAGGGGGAGGGAAAAAAAGAAAAGAAAGGAAAAAAAAAAAAAAAAAAAAAUGACCAGACCUGCGUGAGCUCCUGCUCCGGAGAGGAGGGAAACUCGGCUCAGCUUUGAGGAGACUUCCCAGAGCGAACGCUGAAGUGAUUAAGGAGAUUAAUUUACAAGUGGGCGACAAAGGAACUGCAGUUUGAGAGACUGACUCGAGAACUUGAGGCUGAACGUCAGAUUGUAGCUAGCCAGCUGGAGAGAUGUAAGCUUGGAUCUGAAACUGGAAGCAUGAGCAGCAUUAGUUCAACAGAAGAGCAGUUCCACUGGCAAACACAAGAUGGUCAGAAGGAUAUAGAAGAUGAGCUCACCACUGGUCUGGAGCUGGUGGACUCCUGUAUUAGAUCACUGCAGGAAUCAGGGAUACUUGAUCCACAGGACUAUUCAGCCGGUGAAAGGCCCAGCCUCCUCUCCCAGAGCGCGCUCCAGCUCAAUUCCAAACCUGAAGGGUCUUUCCAGUACUCGGCCAGCUACCACAGCAACCAGACCCUCGCCCUGGGCGAAACGACGGGCGCCCAGCUCCCGGCCCGCAGCGCUCAGCCCAGAGGUGCCAUCCAGAGCUACAGCCAGCAGGGCCCGGGGGGCCGCGGCGCCCACCCGGGCGGCCCGGAACCGCCUCCUCCCGCCGUCCCGCAACCGCGGGAGCCCUUCGCUCCCAGCCACGGCAGCGCCUUCCACCUGCCCGAGCCCCAGCACGCCGCCGCCCUCUACUACGCCAGCUCCACGCUGCCGGCGCCGCGGGUGGGCUCCCCGCUGCCCACCCAGCCCGGCGGCGGCUCCCCCACCAAGCUGCCGCGGGCCGGCUCCGCCGCCGAGGGCGCCGCCUACGCCGCCGCGCAGCGCCUCUCCUCCCCGAAGCAGUCCCCCAGCCGCCUGGCCAAGUCCUACAGCACCAGCUCGCCCAUCAACAUCGUCGUCUCCUCGGCGGGACUGUCGCUGUCGCCGUCCCCCCUCCGAGUGACCUCCCCGCCCACCGUCCAGUCUAACGUUUCCUCCUCUCCUAUCCACCAGUUAAGCUCCACCAUCGGCACUUACGCCACCCUGUCGCCCACCAAGCGGCUGGUUCACGCCGCCGAUCAGUACGGCAAGCACUCCCAGGAGCUGUACGCCACCGCCACGCUGCAGAGACCCGGCUCCCUCGCAGCUGGGUCUCGAGCAUCUUACAGCAGCCAGCACAGCCACCUUGGCUCCGAGUUAAGGGCACUGCAGUCUCCAGAACACCAUAUAGAUCCUAUUUACGAAGACAGAGUUUAUCAGAAACCCCCUAUGAGGAGUCUCAGCCAGAGUCAGGGGGACCCUCUGCAACCAGCACACACAGGCACAUACCGCACUAGUACAGACCUGGUUAACCAUUUCUGUGAACAGGUCCUCAAUUUUUUACUUUGUCCCUACUUUCCUGUCGUAGCCCCAUCUUCCCCUGGUGUCGACUCCGUACCCUUACAGCGCACAGGCAGUCAACACGGCACACAGAACGCAACAGCGACCUUCCAGAGGGCCAGCUAUGCAGCCGGCCCAGCCUCCAAUUACGCAGACCCCUACCGACAGCUGCAGUAUUGUCCUUCUGUUGAAUCACCAUACAGCAAAUCUGGGCCAGCCAUCCCACCUGAAGGGACCUUGGCUAGGUCACCUUCCAUUGAUAGCAUUCAGAAAGAUCCCAGAGAAUUUGGAUGGCGAGAUCCAGAGCUUCCAGAAGUUAUACAGAUGUUACAGCAUCAAUUUCCCUCAGUACAGUCCAAUGCUGCAGCCUACUUACAACACCUCUGUUUCGGAGACAAUAAAAUAAAAGCAGAGAUAAGAAGACAAGGCGGAAUACAGUUACUGGUGGACCUAUUGGACCAUCGAAUGACAGAAGUCCACCGUAGUGCCUGUGGAGCUUUGAGAAACUUGGUAUAUGGGAAGGCAAAUGAUGACAACAAAAUUGCUCUGAAAAACUGUGGUGGUAUCCCAGCAUUAGUACGGUUACUCCGCAAGACUACAGAUUUGGAAAUCAGAGAACUCGUCACAGGAGUUCUCUGGAAUCUAUCCUCCUGCGAUGCACUAAAAAUGCCAAUCAUCCAGGAUGCCCUCGCAGUGUUGACCAAUGCAGUGAUCAUCCCUCACUCUGGAUGGGAAAACUCUCCGCUCCAGGAUGAUCAUAAAAUACAACUCCAUUCAUCACAGGUGCUGCGCAAUGCCACUGGGUGCCUAAGGAAUGUCAGCUCUGCUGGAGAGGAGGCCCGCAGAAGAAUGAGGGAGUGUGACGGCCUGACGGAUGCGUUGCUGUACGUGAUCCAGUCUGCUCUGGGGAGCAGUGAAAUUGAUAGUAAGACCGUUGAAAACUGUGUGUGCAUUUUGAGGAACCUCUCAUACAGGCUAGCUGCAGAAACAUCUCAGGGACAGCAGAUGGGAACAGAUGAACUUGAUGGAUUACUCUGUGGUGAUGCCAAUGGAAAAGACGCAGAGAGUUCAGGGUGCUGGGGGAAGAAGAAGAAGAAAAAGAAAUCACAAGAUCAGUGGGAUGGCGUAGGACCUCUCCCAGACUGUGCAGAACCACCCAAAGGAAUCCAGAUGCUGUGGCACCCUUCAAUAGUCAAACCCUACCUCACACUUCUUUCUGAGUGCUCAAAUCCAGACACGCUGGAGGGGGCAGCAGGGGCACUGCAGAACUUGGCUGCUGGGAGUUGGAAGUGGUCCGUGUACAUCCGCGCUGCUGUUCGCAAAGAAAAAGGAUUGCCAAUCCUGGUGGAACUGCUUCGAAUAGACAACGACCGGGUGGUAUGUGCAGUUGCUACAGCUUUACGAAACAUGGCCUUAGAUGUCAGAAAUAAGGAGUUAAUAGGCAAGUAUGCCAUGAGGGAUCUGGUCCACCGACUGCCAGGCGCUAACAACAGCAACAGCUCAGCAAGCAAGGCCAUGUCUGAUGACACCGUUACUGCCAUUUGCUGCACUCUGCACGAAGUCAUCACUAAAAACAUGGAGAAUGCCAAGGCCUUACGAGACGCAGGCGGCAUUGAGAAACUGGUUGGCAUAUCUAAGAGUAAAGGAGACAAGCAUUCGCCAAAAGUGGUGAAAGCAGCAUCUCAGGUCCUCAAUAGUAUGUGGCAGUACAGAGACCUGAGAAGUCUCUACAAGAAGUGGUCGGCCCCAAGCUUCAGUGUGACUGAUGACAGAGGAUUUUCACCAACCCACCCCUCUGGGUCAUGGCACGCUCAGCAUACUCACUCCCAGAAUCAAGAAACCAGAAUCUAUUCCCCACCGCAGGACGGAUGGUCGCAGUAUCACUUCGUAGCCUCAUCUUCAACAAUAGAAAGGGAUCGGCAAAGACCGUACUCUUCAUCACGCACGCCCUCCAUCUCUCCCGUGCGCAUGUCUCCUAACAACCGCUCAGCAAGUGCCCCAGCCUCACCUCGGGAAAUGAUCAGCCUAAAAGAAAGAAAAACAGACUAUGAAUCAACCGGAACAAACGCCACUUACCAUGGAAAUAAGGGUGAACACACUUCUAGGAAAGACACCAUGACAGCUCAAAACACUGGAAUCUCAACUUUGUACAGGAAUUCGUACGGUGCGCCUCCUGAAGAUAUCAAACAUAACCAGGUUUCAACACAGCCAGUUCCACAGGAGCCCAGCAGAAAAGAUUAUGAACCAUAUCAGCCGUUUCAGAAUUCAACAAGAAACUACGAUGAGUCCUUCUUUGAGGACCAAGUGCAUCAUCGUCCACCUGCAAGCGAAUACAACAUGCACCUGGGACUGAAGUCAACCGGCAACUACGUCGACUUCUAUUCAGCUGCUCGUCCCUAUAGCGAACUUAACUAUGAAACAAGCCACUAUCCAGCCUCUCCCGACUCCUGGGUUUGAGACUUGGACAGAUACAAAAGCUCCAGGAACUGUGCAUGUGCAUGCAUACCACAAGACAUUUUUUUUCCUGCAAAUUUAGUUUGUUUAAAGCCUGUUCCAUAGGAAGGCCCAGAUAACCAGUAUGGAAAAAAACUAAGAGAUUUUUUUAGAAGGCUUAAAAGAUACGAAAGCUAAACCUGGGAGUAAUUAGAAAGAAAUAUAUAUACAUAUAUAUAUAUUUUACAGUGUGGGGCAACUUUACUGUUGGCCUGUAGAGUCUAAAGUUCGGUGCUGUAUAUCGAAUGUGGCUGAAGGAAGGAGGGAGAACAAGACAGUGGAUGUGGGUCAAGAGUUAAGCACAAGUAACUGAGCAGCGUACAUACUUUAUGGGGAACAGCUUCUCACACUUUGUUUAAUAUCCUCAUUCAUUGUGAAUCUAGGCUUCAAGAUGCAUUUGGGGUUUCCUCUGUACAGCAAGAUGUUUCUUGCCUUUUGUUAAUGCAUUGUUGUAAAGUAUUUGAUGUACAUUACAGAGAAAAAAAAAAAAAAAAAACAACAAAAAAAAAAACAAGCGCAUUGUGUAUAUUACACCAAUGCCACAGUGUUUCUUCAUCUAUGGUUCUAAAUAUUGCUUCAAUUUCAAAUUUUGAAAGAUGUAUGAAUUUCCAGUUUUUUGUUUUCUUUUCCCCGGUGCGUUUUAACAAAAAAAAAAAAAAAAAAAAAAAAAAACCUCGAAAACUUAAAAAAACAAAAAGGAAUAUUUAGCGGUAUUGUUUGUUCUGAUAUGUGAAUUUGUUUGUGGCAACUAAAAAAACAAAAAAAGGCAUUCAGCAGUUUCUGACAAUUAACAUUCAUCAUUCCACACUCCUUGUCAAUGAAGUGCUUUUUCACUGCCUAAAAUUUUAGAUGUAGAUAUUUGAAAUAGAUUUUUUCAUUUAUACCAGUUUUCUUUAUGAUGAUACAGUGUUAAAAGAAAAUAAAUUACAAUUGAUCUGUCAUCCA